UGCGCGCUGGCAGCGUUUCGUCUCAUGUGCGCAAGCUUUUCUGGCUUUUGCGGCAGCUCAAUGUGCCGCAACAGCUUCCUUCCCCUUUGCAUUUCGCUUCAAAUUCCUGCUGCCGGCUGAUAGGAAGCAGCGAGCUGAGCCUGCACCUGUUCGUGGCUGCGCUCUGGGCUGCACGCUGAUCUGGCCGAUCCAAUCACGGGGUCUGGCAUUUUGUCGGGUGGCAUUUUGUCGGGUGGGAUCAACUGUGCUUGGCCGUCCAUGGCUGCGCCCGGAUUUAGACCAGAUCCUUGGGUUCCCAUUCUUAGCUGGCCCCGUUGCUUGCCCAUCUUCCAUCUUUCCCUUUCGCCCUUUCCCACACCUGCAGCCCUGCCCCCGACGCAGACUUUUUUUUUGUCCCGGUCCCAUUGUUUGCCAGCUCAAACUCAUCACCCGUCAAGCGACGCUCAAAGACCCGAAACGAUAGCUCGAGCAUCACGGGCCUGCCAUCGAUUGUGUCAAUUGCCACUCGACCUGCCGAGUCCGCGGCUGCCGCUCCCGACAGAGCCGUUGCUCCUUGAUCGAAACGCUAAUAACUGUGGCUUUUGCUCGACGCAAUCCUUUGCAUUUUUGACUUUGCUGCCACUACCAGCAAUCCCCGCACACACCGCUCUCAGCGCCAUACAACAACCGAGAUACCGCAAGACCGAUACCCAAGAACCACGCUCGAGCACCACCAGGCAAGAAGCCCAACGACGUGACCAGACAACCCACGCAAAGGCGCCAUCGACGACCACCACCACAUCGAACGAACACACGCCACAACCGACGCAGCCCGUUGCCCGCCAUGUUGAAAAAGAAGGAGGUUUACACAACCAUAACGCCGAUCCCCGGCUUUAUACCCCGACAGCUCGCCAUCGACAUUCUCCACUCGCACUCCGAGGUCAUCACUCUGAACCCGCUGGUGCUGUCUCACAAGGCCAUCCCCGCUCCGCGCGAUGCCGCCUCCGAUGAGUUUUACAGCACCUGGUACGAGAUCACGGAGCGUAUUCAGUAUAUCCCUGGCCUUGGGAGGAUGGGCUCUGGCCGCAUAUCAUUUAACGGCUGUUUUCACGACAUGCCAUGGGGGCUUCAGACACACAUCUACGCUCCCAUGGGUGUUGACCUGCGCAACAAGUACCGCAUAGCAGGAAACCAGCCGGGCGUCGAGGCCCCGGAGCUCGCCGAGAUCGGCUCGGCAGAACUGGGUAUUCCCAGCGACGGACUGUACCUGCGUGAGGAUAUCGAGAUCAGGUGCAACAUUACCGUCGUCGGCUUUGUCAAGGCCGAAUUGAAGAAAGCUAGCAAGGAGAUGGUCCAACGUAUCAUCAAGAAGGCCGAGCUCCUCGACGCGGGGGUGCUGCAAGGCAUGAUCGAGGACGGCAAGCUGAAGACAUUUAACCCUGCCGACCGGUCCAGCAUGAUUCGCUCCGCAUCCCACAGCGGCUCUGCUUCACCCCAACCCAGCCCGACAACGCCACAUUAUAGCAUGCAUAAUAAGAACAGCCCCUCGAUGCCGUACAAUAUACCCCGACCGGAAUCGAUGCAGCAAGGGGGACUGCCCCCGAGGCCAGGCACCUCGGGCUCGCAAGGCCCUUACCACGGACACCAACCCCAUCAGUUUCAUGGGCAACAGCACUACCAGCCCACUCAGGGUGGCGCCCUAGAGCUGCCCACCCCUAGGAUGUCGCAUCAACAACAGCAACAGCAACAACCACAGCAGCAAAUCGUCAUGGAGCUGCCGGGCGACUUCUACCACCCCCAGCAACCGUCUCCGCGCUUCACUCCUGCCUCGGCCAGCGCAGCACAAGGCUCGCCGCGCGCUGAGUCGUUCGUCAUGGCGCCGCCGACCCCACCACAAUCCCACCCCGGCAGCUACGCCGGCGACGCGCGCGUGUCUUCGGUCUCGGCGGGCGGCUGGUCCGACGUCUCGCGAUCGGACGGCGCCGGGACGGCGUCCUCCCGGCCGAGCUCGAUGCAGAGCGACGCGGGCGCGCAGCGGGGGCUAGGCGGCGCGCGGUCGCCCCCGCCCCCGGCGCUGCUGCCCGGCGGCGGCGGCGGCGACCAGUCGAGGCUCUCGACGUGCAGCGAGACGGCCGAGGAGCACAACAACGGCCACCGCGAGCAGGCGCUCAAGAGGCUCGACGGCGGCAAAACGCCGUCGCCCAAGGGGUACAAUUACAACCCGGCAGACUACGCAAAGGUGUCGCCGCAGAUGCAGCAAACCUCAAAGAUGGCCGGUCGCAACAGUUUCCUCUACUCACAACAGCAGACCCAGCAGCGGUACGGUUACUGAUGGCCGGCCCUGCCCUGUUGAGCAUUCGCCGACGAUCGAGUCUCGACCCCGAUUUUCUCUCAACAUUUCCUCCUUUAAUGAGAAGUCCGCGCCUUUGGUCUUCUUUUGCACGAUACAUUUUGAUGAUACCUGACUCUGUCGAUACCUAUUUCUUACUAUUUCCAAUUGUUCAGCAGUUCUUUUUACGUUAGUCGCUGGCAGGAGACGCGAUCUAGGCUAGGAUCUACCCCUUUCACUCUUCCCAAUUUGGAUUGAUAUCCCACUUUCAACCCCCUCUCGGUCAUUGGAAAUCCACGGCGUUCUUUAGUAGAUGGACGGAAGACUUUUACGUUGUCCGAAAACUAUCUAGAGAUAUAGCGAUUUCGUUUGUUAAUGUGUGAAUGAAUUUGCUGAUUCUGAAGUUCUCUUCUUCACGUUUUCGGCCUGGGACGA